UCAAGUUUUGCCUCCUCAAACCAGCAUGGCGAACCAAGACCGGGAUGCACGUGAAUCUCUCCAGCAGUACAUUCUGCAACGACUUCAUGAUCGUUUGGUUCAUGUCUUGGAGAGACGGCCACUGAACAUGGAUUACCUUCACUUCAUUUGCAGACAGGAGCUGGUGGUUAUUAGUGCCUUGGAUAAUAUAAUACAUGUUCCAGGAGAUGUCAUGACAGCCCUGUCAAGUCUAACCAACCUCAUACAGCGUCAGAGAGAUAUGGAGGAGCUAUCCGUCACAGUGAUGUUGGAAACAGAACAUGGAUGUGGACGCCCAAGAAUUUCCAUUUCAGAAACCAGUCUUACCCAUCUAAUAGAACUCGGGCUGCCAGUCAAGUCUAUCGCAGAGCUACUGGGUGUGUCUCGUGCUACGCUGUUCAGAUGGAUGACUGAAAACGGUUUAUCUGUGAGAGCUAUGUACAGUACAUGUACAGAUGAAGAGCUUGAUGCUCUCAUCACAGAGAUUAAGAGGUCAAUGCCAGAUGCAGGAUAUCAUAUGGUUCGAGGUUCUCUACUAGCACAGGGGCACCGGGUACAGUUUGAUAGGGUGUGUGCAUCCAUGCAUCGUGUAGACGGUGUCGGUGUUCUCUCCAGGAUGACCAACCUGCGAUGUAUUGCUCGCAGAACAUACUGUGUUCCUCACCCCAAGUACAUGGUGCACAUAGACACCAACCAUAAACUCAUCAGGUACAACUUUGUUAUCUUUGGUGGAAUAGAUGGUUAUUCAAGAAAGGUAGGAACGGUUUUAAGGGAUUUAAGCUUUUAACUCUGAAACCC